AACGUCCCCAAAAGUCUUCACCCUUUACUACCCCAUCUCUCUCUCUCUCUCUCUCCCUUCCUUAUAUAUUAUCUCUCUCAUCCCAAAACCCCAUCUUAAAAUUCUCAUCAUCUCUUUCUACCAAUACCACCGUUACCCUCAUUAUCUUAUGAGCUUUUUGUGAGCAUUUUGGUCAUGAGAAAGCAUGGGAAAUUGCAGUUGUUCUAAAGCAUGGUCUCAGGAAGAAUGGAACAAGAGCAGACAUGGCAAGAAGCUUCCUUCAAACUUGUUAUGGCCAAUCGAAAACGGACCCGAAGAGACCCAUCGAGAGAUCCGAGAAGGAAUCCAAAGAGUUGGGAUUGAAGAUUUCUGCAAUUUUUCCUCGUCUGUCCUUUGCCUAUGCAUUGUUACAUGGAACAUGAAUGGGAAGGUAUCUUAUGAAGACUUGGUUGAGAUUGUGGGCACGAAUGAUCGCGAUUAUGAUUUGUUUGUGGUUGGAUUGCAAGAAGUUUCAAGAUGCAAUGUAGGCCUCCUUCUCCAAACUGCUUUUGGAGAGAGUCACAGCCUCUUAGCGGAAGCCACCAUGGAAUCACUUCAUCUUUAUGUGUUCGGGACAAAGAACUCAAAAGCUUCGAUAAAAGAUAUUAGGGUUGAUAAGCAUGAUGUUGGUGGAUUUGGUGGCCUAAUUGGAAGAAAGAAAGGAGCCGUGGCUAUAGCAUUGAACUACAAAGACAUUCGUCUAAUGUUCAUAUCAUGUCAUCUCUCAGCUCAUGAGCAUAAUGUAGAGGAGAGAAAUUCCCAAUAUCGCCGGAUAUCGAAAUCUAUAUUCUCAGAUGAAAAUCCUUAUUCAAGAACUCCUCAAAUUAUAGUUUGGUUGGGUGACCUCAACUAUAGAAUACAAGGAAUUGACACAUUAUCAGUAAGAAGUCUAAUCCAAGAGAACUUUCAAAAGCAACUCACAAGUAAGGAUCAGCUCUUGCAAGAAGCAGAAAAGGGGCAAAUAUUCCAUGGAUUUUGUGAGGGAGCCUUGAAAUUCAAGCCUACAUACAAAUACAAUGUUGGAACAAGUAACUAUGAUACCAGCUAUAAGAAACCAUUGUGAUUGCCUGCAAAUGUAUUUCUGCCUCUAAGGUGGGAAUUUGAAGCUUAAAAAAAGUGGUGUGCAUAUGGUGGAUCCAUGAAGACAUGAAAUGGACGGUCCACGAAAUGUAUCAUAUGCUGGACCCAAUUAUAGGGCUCCAAAUGUUUUCCUCCUUUUUAUGUUCAAAUCCAUGGUGGCUACGGUGGAGAUGAACAAUUUGCAUGGUUUUUAGCCUUUUAGCACCAUAAUUGCACAUUCCCCUGAAAUUAAGGUGCAACUUUAUAAAGCGACGACCCUACAAAAUACAUACUUUUCGAAAUAUCACGUUGACUGUAUCUCAGAAGCAAAAUCUUAUCUUGAUUUCGUACAAGAAAUUUCAAAGAAAAAGAAAUGCUCAAUGUUCUUAGAAUUUGAUUUGUAUACAUGUUUUCUUGGGUUUAGCAGGAAAGAGUCCCUUCAUGGACAGACAGGAUCCUAUUCAAAAUAGAAAGCUUUGCUAACAUUAGUGUUACAUUGCACAGCUAUGAGU